UCAAAACUUAAUAUUUUGUACUUCCUCUUUGCUAAUAUUGUACAUAGAUGUGGACUUAUGUCCUUUGACUAAAAGUAAAGCAAAUUUGGUUACUGUCAUUAAGAGUUAAAUCUCUUAUUGUAUAUAAUAUUUCUUAUUUCUGUAUUCACAAAUAACAAAGUGAAGAUGCUGAACAGAUUUAAAUCAGUGAUAAUGAAUGUCAUGGGUGGAAGUGAACUUGGCCUACAAUAUCCUACUAAUGAUACAGAUAAUGAAACAUCAUCGGAUUAUCUGAAUUCAAAUGUGGUAGAUGUAGAAGAUAAACCAUAUAGUAGACCUAGUUUUCUAGGAUUAACAACAGAAGAAACUAUUGUAAGUGCCGAUCAUGGAGUAAGGCCAAUCAUAGUUCCAAGAGAUUUAAGUCGAUUACCAUGGUGUGCUGGUUAUGCAGAAUGCAUAAAUGCUGGCAAAAGUACAUGGAACGAGGAUCAAACCUCAGCAACUAGAGGAGAUCUCAAACUAUCAGAUAUUAAUGUUACAUUGCCUUAUGUCAUGUUUUCUAUGUUUGAUGGCCAUGCUGGUUAUAAAGUGGCUUUAACAGCCAGACUGCAUUUACACAGGAUAAUACUUGGGAAAUUAUUAGAAAUCCCUGGCAAUAUAUUGUUACAUGGAGAUGAAGAUGCACUGCUAAGAGGAAAAGAUUUAGUUGACGGUGCUAUUGAAUUAGCAUAUGAACAAAUGGAUCAAAUGGUAGAAUUACAAGCUCAGAGGAAAGGUGGAGGUUGCACAGCGAUUACCAUUCUGUUUCUCAAUGGUAGAUUAUAUGCUGCAGGUGCUGGUGAUUCAAGAGCUGUACUAGUUUUGGGAGACACUCAGCGUGCACUAACUAGAGAUCACACGCCUGAUUCAGAAUCAGAUCGGAUCAGGCUAUUAGGUUAUGUAAGAAGGGAUGAAUUAUUGAAAGGUCACUUUACUGCAUUAGAGUUUAGGAAACGACCUUCGGAAAAAGAACUAGGAUCUAUGAUUUUGUAUAGAAAUCCUUUUAUGACUGGUUGGGCAUAUAAAGAAUUAACUUCUGCAGAUUUAAAGCCACCUCUUAUUUCUGGACAUGGUAAACGGAGUCGAGUACUAGGUACUAUAGGAGUAACACGUGGUUUUGGAGAUCACGGUUUAAAGGCAGCUUGCACAAGAGUUAAUAUAAAACCAUUCCUUUCAUCACAACCCGAAGUGCAGUCUAUAGAUUUAGAUAAUUGUAAUCUCACAGAACGUGAUUGUAUUAUUGUAGCCACAGAUGGACUUUGGGAUGUUGUGUCAAAUAAAGCAGCUGCAAGUGUUCUCAGAAAGACACUUGCUCCUGAUUAUCCGUCAUUAGAAUACAGGCUUACAAUGAGUGCUCAAGAAUUGGUACAAGCAGCACGUGGUACAUUAGUUGGGCGAGCUUGGCUUAGUAAAUCAGAAAAUCUCGAAGACACGGAUGAAAAGUUCUCAUCGGUUGAUGAUAUCAGUGUGUUAGUAGUACCAUUGUAUCCUUACUUAUGUGAACAUAAGCAAUGGUUAAAAACAACGGAACAAGAAAGAAGGUAUAUGGAUUCCUUACACAAAUCCGUUGAUGAUUCUGUAUAA